AACAUGUCUGGUCGUGGCAAGGGCGGCAAGGGUCUCGGCAAGGGCGGCGCGAAGCGCCACCGCAAGGUCCUUCGCGACAACAUCCAGGGCAUCACCAAGCCCGCCAUCCGCCGUCUCGCUCGCCGUGGCGGUGUCAAGCGUAUCUCGGGCCUCAUUUACGAAGAGACGCGCGGUGUCCUCAAGGUCUUCCUCGAGAACGUCAUCAAGGACUCGGUCACGUACACGGAGCACGCUCGCCGCAAGACGGUGACGGCCAUGGACGUCGUCUACGCGCUUAAGCGCCAGGGCCGCACGCUCUACGGCUUCGGCGGUUAAAUCUGCGGGGUUUGAUGAGCGCGAUCGCUCUCAACGGGGACUUCGGUCUCUUUACAUCUGGUGUUUUUAAACACCACCCUUUCGCCUAAGAAACAAACCAUCGGGCCUGUGGUCUGGUCUGCGAAACGCAGUGGAUGCAGGCAAUGCUAUG